AUGUCGCCGUUUGCCUCUGUCUAUCAUACCAGUUCCGCCCGAUUAGUUGCCCAAUUGCCGCCUUGUCUCACUUCCCACUUAUACUCCGACAACUUUAUCAAAACACACGCAGAUCAGCAGACACACACGCAUCGAUACACCUACAUACUUCAAGCACCUUCCUACAGCUGCACAAUCAAUUGGCCAGUCGGCCAGUCGGACAGCCUGCACGCCAGACCACAGGCCACCCACUCAGCCGUUCAGUAUGUUUGUUGCUGCCACAUCCAGCACGACAUUCAUGCUGUCUGUUUGCCCUACACGAGUAUCCUCUUACACCGUUUACCGUCAAGUCCCAAUCCCACUCCCACUCGCCGACCAUCCAUCUUUCCCUCCCUCACUCGCCAUCCCCUCUACUACACCCUCCCCUCUGUUUAUAAUGCAGCAAGAUACCAGUCUGACAGAAAGCUUGACUUUCUUCUCUCCACCUCAGUCUUCAGUCCUUCUUUUACUUCCCGCCUUCUUGCCUCCGCUUUCUAA